AUGAAAUAUCCAACCAACCUGGCUGCGGCCCCUCUCAUCGAGCUGACUGACAUGGUACAGCGUCGAGAGAUACGUACCGCAAGCGAGGACUGGACUGGGAAAACAAGCAGUGCUGAGAGACGCAGGCUGCAGAACCGCCUAAACCAAAGGGCAUACGAGAGAAGAAAAGCGUCAAGACGAUCGGCAUCGUUACAUCUGCAGCAAGGCAGCAGACCUCGCCACGUCAACAAAGACAUAGCAGAUACACCGGAUACGCCGGAACAACCAGCUGCUACUCAGUAUCUGACUAUGAUAGGACCCCCCGCAGGCUACACGCCUGGAUCGGGCUGUCUACUGCUACGCUCGGACGCCCAAGCUGCAAUCCGCGAGUUUGUCAAAAAGGCCUAUGAGGAUUAUGUGCUAGGUUGCCCGCAGCCAUGGUAUUUGUCAACUCUCAUACAGGUCAACGUGUUCAACGCCCUUGUACAGAAUGGUAUUGCAUUGGGAUUCUCGGAUCAUUGGCAAAGAAAGGGUAUUGUCUCGCCUUUCUCUAUAAUUGGACCAUUGCAGUCUUUUGACCCCUACCCGCUAAGUCUCCAGCCAACAGCCUUGCAAAGGACUGUUCCCCAUCAUCCAUGGAUUGACCUUUUCCCAAUCCCCCAAAUGAGGGAUAAAAUCCUGCUCUCACUCCACCACCUGGAUAUGGAUGAACUAUGCGGUGACCUGCUCGAUGUUAAGCCGGGCUUAGACGGGAAGCCGAACCUGAUAGUCUGGGGAUACCCUUGGGAACUCCAUGGGUGGGAAGCCAGUGCUUUGUUCUUGCAGAAAUGGGGAUGGAUGCUAGAGGGAUGUCGAGAUAUCCUUCAAGCUACUAAUUACUGGCGUGAGAGCCGAGGGGAAGACAAAAUACUUUUUUAA